AUGGCAGAUGACCAGAACCUCACCGUGGAGGAGGGUGCUGGGGACACAGUGAGCAAAGAAGAGGACUCUGUGGACGCGAAGCCGGAUCGCUCCUCUUUUGUGCCGUCAAUUUUCAGUAAGAAGAAGAAAAAUGUUGCACAGGCACCAGUCAAGGCCAGUCAAGAAUCUUCAUUUCGGUAUGACAUGAAUUUUGCGAAGUUGGGCAAGUGCAUCAUCAUCAACAACAAGCACUUUGACCGGUGCACAGGUAUGGAUACCCGAGACGGAACAGAUGUGGAUGCCAUGGCCCUUGUCAAGUGUUUUGGAAACUUAGGCUUUGAGAUGGUUGUCAAAAAUGACUACUCCUGUGAAAAAAUGGUAGACCUGCUAAGAAAAGUCUCUGAAGAGGACCACAGAAAUUCAGCCUGCUUCGCCUGCAUCUUGCUUAGCCAUGGAGAAGAAAAUGUUAUUUAUGGGACAGAUGGCAAGAUACCAAUCAAGGAGUUGACAUCCUAUUUCAGGGGAGACAGAUGCAGAACCCUUUUAGGGAAGCCCAAACUUUUCUUCAUUCAGGCCUGCCGGGGCACAGAGCUUGAUGAUGGGGUCAUGCCCGACUCUGGAGCUUUCGAUGAUGAAGGUCCAACUGUCCGAAGUAAAAUUCCUGUAGAAGCUGAUUUUCUCUCUGUCUACUCCACAGUUCCAGGCUAUUACUCUUGGCGGAGCCCAGGACAUGGCUCGUGGUUCGUGCAAGCACUCUGCAGUGUCCUACAGGAAUAUGGGAAAAGCCUGGAGAUCAUGCAGAUCCUCACCAGGGUCAACAGCCGAGUGGCCCAGAACUUUGAGUCCAAGAACAACAACCCAGACUUCAACGAGAAAAAGCAGGUGCCAUCCAUUGUCUCCAGUCUCACCAAAGAACUCUACUUUGGCAAGGCACCCUAAGGCUGACACACUGCGAAUGUCACCAAAUCCAACAUUUGGGGG